AUGGCGCCUCAAGCAAAGGACGUGGGCUCAGCAGGCUCAACGAAAGGGAAAGAACGAAUGGACGGGGUUGAGUGGGAGAAGGAAGAAUUAAGAAGUUCGGGGAGAGGAAAGGAGGCGUCGGUGGAGAUUUCCAAGUUUCCCAGCGAUGCUCGAAUGUUUGGCGUGUUUUGGUGUAUGGGCGUAUGGGUGUAUUGGGAUCUGGGUAACGCUGGGUAA